CGUAAUAGUAGAAAAGAGCAGCAUUUACUUUUGUUGUAAAUAAAAUAAAAAAUAUAAAUAUUUUGCAUUUAAAAAUGUGCUAAAAACAUAAACAAAUACGAGUAAAUAAGAGAAUAUAUCAUUUUCGUAGUGAAAUAGUUGAAGUGUAGAACGCGUAGAACGAGUAGAACGGGUAGAUUUGCGUAAAAGAAAACAUUAGGAAAUAAUACCAAAAAGAAGAAGAAAAAAAUUAUAUUUAAAUAAACGUAAAAUCCGUACUCCAGUUUGUGGUGAGCGACGUGACGGAGUAGUAACUGCAACAACAAAGAACAACAUUGGUACAAAAUCGAUAGUUCCAGAUUUUCCUCGCCGUCUUACGCGGUAAUAUUAUCUUAAAGUGGGGCUGAAAACCGACAGAAGGAGGCAUUAGUUGGUAAUUCGGGAAGUGAUAUAAAUAAACAAAAGAUUCUGUUGGCCCUGCACUUGUUGUGGUUGUUCUGUUGUUCUGCGUUGCGUACCUGUACAGUGUACAGUGUACAGCUGCAGUGCGGGUGUUUGGGCGAGUGUAAGCGGUGCUGUUGACAUUUUUAGUGCUGCAAUGCUGCUCCAAGUAAUUUAACGCAACCAACAAAAUGUUGCAUUUAUUGCAUUUAAAUCAGUUUUAACAAAUAAUAUAAGACGAAAAAAAAACAAAAAAAAAAGAGAAAUUAACAAAAACAAUUAAGCAAAACUGCGUUAUGAGUUAAGUUGCGCGAAACAAAUCUCGGUAGGACUUAGCUACAUGUUUCUAUAGAUAAAAGUACAACAAAACUCGCAAAAAAAAAUCGUGACAAUGCAUUCCGUUGGCAUACAUUCGGCGAUGGCCAUUAAACGUCAGCGCAAGAGACGAGAUGAGCAGAAAAGAGCAAGAGAAAGACGUUACAGUACACAAAGUUCCGAAAGUGGUGAAACUUUUCAUUCACCUAGCGGCUCAUUUCGACGAAAAUAUCAUCACACACAUGCUGCAGCGAAACCAGGACCAGGCAUGCUCGAUAGUCAGGUUGUCACUAGCAUAGGGAUGCUUCAUAUUGGUAUUGUGUUUAUAGUGUUUGGUAUAUUUUUAUGUGGUGCCGGUAUUAUACCCGAUGAAACAAUGUCCUGGAAUGUCUUCAGCUCCAGUUCGGCAUGGUGGAACGAAGUUACCUGCACUGGUUUGUUUUCACUUGGUCUUGGCUUAUUUUUAUUAAUUUUGAAUUGCCUUAUUAGUCGCAAGGAGGAAGAGGAUUUGGAAGACUAUGUGCAAAGGCAGUUAACUAGAUCACGAUCAGGUCACCGCUUGGAACGAGAUGUUGAGACUGGUGUAUUGACGACGCGGCAUGCGCGUAAAGCAGUCGCUUUGCAAAAAAAUGUUAAGAAUGGUUCAGCGACUGAUGUUGCCUUGGUUAAUAGUUCAGCUACUGAUAACGUUGCUAAUGGCCCCAUAAGCGGAAGAAAUUGUUUAAAUAAUUCCGGUGAUAUAAUACUUGAAAAAAUUGUCGAGGAAGAUAAUUCAUAUCUAAAUGAUCGUAGUGCCGGUAUUUCGCCUAUUGAAAUAGAAAAUGAUACUAAGCAGCUUUUAAGCAGAGAAUCCGUAACAAUCAAUAUUACACAAAUUUAA